UCUCGGGUCGGUCGAGUACUAUUGGACAGUGAAUAGGGUCGAUAGACGCUACCUUGGCGUGGCUGGGCUAAAGAUCGCGCGGGCGUCGUCCUCUGAUUCCUCGGAGUCGCGCUGUCACCAGGCCAGCGACCUGAACCGAGGUGCGCGUACCGAAAUGAAGACGAGGGGUUAGGGGGGUCGGAUGCACCUAUCUCGGACUCUCCUUUGCGGCCUUCAACGCGUCUACUACUCGUUCUCGAUGCGGCCCCUCCAUGUCCAAUGCGCCUGCCGACUCGGAGUCGGAUGCCUGUGAGAAGACACCGCAUCACUUGUCAAUGAUAUGUCCAGUCAUCACAUGGCGCGUAUCUUGUUCUCCCCUGUGAGCCAUCCGUCAGCCUGCAGGCUUUCAAUGGCCGCAUAUAUAUAGGUGCAUGGCAAUGGCGUGUUGCCUCCAGCCCGGCCUCUCUACUUAGACUCGCCAGGAUGAAGUCGUUCGGACUGUUCGUGGGGCUCCUCGUCGCCGCCGGUGUCGCCGCCGCGCCGGGCAAGGACUACGAACACAAGGUCAAGGAAUCUGUCGCGCCGCCCAGGGGCUGGACGAAGGUCAAGCCGGCCCCGGCCGACCACUUCAUUGACCUUCGUAUUGGUCUGCCGCAGCCCAAGUUCCAUGAGCUCGAGCAGCACUUGUAUGAAAUCAGCGAUCCCUUCCAUGAGCGCUACGGAGCCCACCUCUCGAAAGAGGAGGUCGAGGCCCUUAUUGCGCCUCACGAAGAGAGCGUGAGCGCGGUCGACGAAUGGCUUGCGAGUUAUGGGUUUGCAUCGCACGAGCUGUCGCGUUCGUCUGCUGGCGACUGGGUGAAGCUCCGCAUCCCGGUUAGCCUUGCCGAAGAGAUGCUCAAGACGGAGUACCACGUCUGGCAACACGAAGAGAGCGGGGAUGCUGUCGUCCGCACGACGUCUUACAGCCUGCCUGAGCAUCUGCACGUGCACAUCGACGUCGUCCAGCCUACUACGACGUUUGCCCGUAUGAGGGGUAUGAAGGCGACGUAUCACUAUGCAGACGAGGAAGCACGCGUUGUCAACAUCGCGCAGCCCACCAUCCCCAUCCCGUCGGCGUACAACGGACAGGUUAACUCGAGCUGCAACGGCUCGCUCACCCCCACCUGCCUCCGCGAGCUCUACAACAUCGGUGACUACACGCCCCAGGCUGCGGAUGUUAACAAGAUUGCUUGCACAGGCUAUCUUGAGCAGUACGCUAACUUCGAGGACUUCAAUGACUUCAACGCGAAGUACCUCCCCGAGGCGAUCAACUCGACGUUUGACGUCAUAUACAUCAACAAUGGGAGCAAUGACCAGAGUCUUGACGCAGCGGGUGUUGAGGCAGACCUUGACACUCAGUAUGCGUUCGGUUUGUCAUACCCAACGCCAGCUACGUUCUACACGACGGGCGGAAGUCCUCCGUUCAUUCCCGAUGACAUCACGACCUCCGACUCGAACGAGCCAUAUGCUGAUUGGCUCUCCUACAUCCUGAACGACCCCAAUCCGCCGCAGACCAUCUCCACCAGCUACGGAGACGAUGAGCAGACUGUCCCGUACAGCUACGCGACGCGCGUCUGCCGGGAGCUUGCUCAGCUCGGUGCUCGCGGCGUCUCGAUUAUCUUCAGCUCUGGUGACAACGGCGUGGGUGAUGGCGAUUCGGAUCCAGCCACCCAGGAAUGCUACACGAACAAUGGUCUUAAUGAGACGAAGUUCGUCCCAGCGUUCCCUGCGAGCUGCCCCUACGUGACCGCCGUUGGUGCGACCUGGUACAUCCCAGAAGAGACGUACUUCAUCUCGGGCGGCGGAUUCAGCAACUACUUCUCUCGGCCCUUGUACCAGGACAUCGCUGUUCCUCACUACGUGAAGAACCUUGGCAACACCUACGAGGGUCUUUACAACGCGUCUGGUCGUGCCUACCCCGACGUCGCAGCCCAAGGCCAGUUCUUCUGGAUCUUCAGCGGCGGCGAGAACUUCCUUAUCGGCGGCACGUCCGCCGCGGCGCCCACUGUCGGCGGCAUCGUAUCGCUCCUCAACGACGCUCGCCUCGCGAAAGGCCUCCCUGCGCUCGGCUUUUUGAACCCGCUCAUCUACGCCAUCGGCGCGAUCGUCCCGGAUGCGUUCAACGAUAUCGUGGGCGGGAGCAACCGUGGCUGCGGUACCGAGGGCUUCACCGCUGAGGUUGGCUGGGACCCCGUCACCGGAUUCGGCACGCCGAACUUCGGGAAGCUGCACGACAUCGCUGUCGGCAACAUUGGUGGACUGUUCGACUUCUGAAGACGAUGCUGAGUAGACAACGGGCUGCACGUAGCUUACGCUCGUCGUCCUCGGACUUGCUUCAUCUACCUAAUCUAGCGGACCUCAGAACAUGUAGCCUCGACCGUAGUAUAUAGCAUAUGGACUGCAGAAGCGUCUAGGA